AUGCCUCAGCAGAAGGAACAAAUGGAUGAGGCGUCGGCCACGCCCGUCGUCUCCAACUCGUUCAUGGGCAACAUCCUCACCCCGGGCUCCUCGCUAAACCCGACCUUUCUUCUGCUCCUAGAUGCAGCGUUCGGGGCGCUUCUUCUGGUCUUGCUCUCGCUAGCCGUAGCGACGCGCGGAAACAUACACCUGAUCUCGCUCAUGGGGAUCGAGCUUGCGCUAUGGGCGAGUGUGAAGUGGUUUGUUCACGAUUUACAUUUAUCCGAGGGCCAGGAGCAGGACCACGGUACGGCAGCUGAGGCGCAGGGGCCGUCGACGAGGACAAAGGAGGACUGA